UCCAACGAAAAGCUUUAGUUUGCUGGAAAGCGUCCAAAAAAGUAAAUACGGAAUUCGGCAAAAUAUUUAGUAGCCGGGUUUUAGAGCAUCUCAGAAUUUGAGCGAACCUCAAGACUAACCUAUCUCCAAUGAACUGGUGAAGACCAGACAUCGCAUAAUCCCAGCAUGGAUCCCGUGGUGUUCUUCGUCGUGUUGUCCUCGUUCUAUGGCAUUUUGUACUUCUUCGAUCGCUUCUUCAAGAGCUGCAUGCACUACCCGUACGAUGCCUUCCUCAAGAACACCGGGGUGACUGUCAACUUCAUGAGCCUUCACUGGCACACGAGCGCCUUUAAUCGGACCCUCCUCCGCUGGGGAUCGGCGGGGAAUGGCUGCACCCGCCGGGUCAUGCUCACCAGCUUUAAUGCGGGUGUUCUAGUGACCUUCUCGCUGCUGCCCAUUGGCCUCAUCCUGCUCAUUGUGACCAUCUUCAGCAGUGGCGAGGCGGAUGGCUCAGGUCCAGCGUCGCCUUCCGGUGUCCAGCUGGAAAUUCUACUGCCGGGCGUUAACCUACCUCUUGAGGAGAUCGGCUACUACAUCACCACGUUGGUGCUGUGCUUGGUGGUGCACGAGAUGGGCCAUGCCCUGGCAGCCGUGAUGGAGGAUGUGCCAGUCACUGGAUUUGGGAUAAAGUUCUUCUUUUGCCUGCCUGUGGCUUACACAGAGCUCUCCAAUGACCACUUGAAUGGCCUGCGCUGGUUCCGCAAGCUUCGCGUUCUCUGCGCCGGCAUCUGGCACAACUUUGUGUUUGCCGGCGUGUGCUACCUGCUCAUCUCCACGGUGGGCAUCACCAUGUCUCCCUUGUAUGCCUACAACGAGCAUGUGGUGGUCACAGAGCUGACGAGGAAGUCGCCUUUGCGUGGAGAACGAGGCCUCCAAGUGGACGACCAAAUAACCCAGGUAAAUGGUUGUGCGGUGAAAAGCGAGGAGACCUGGAUGGCCUGCAUGCAGAAUACGCUGAAGCUAAAGCCGGGCUACUGCGUCAGCGCGGACUUUGUGCAGCUCAACGAUGAGAGCAGCGCCAUUUCGCAUCACAGCAUCGACGGGCAGCUGCAGUGCUGCGACGAGCUGAACCCGAAUGUCAGCUGCUUCGAGGUGGUGGAGGAUGCCAAUGGUGAUGUACCCGUGGAGCUGCCCCAGCACGUCUGCCUGAAUGUACGCCGCACCCUGGAGGAGGUGACGGAGCACUGCUCCUCGGGUGUCUGCUCCGAGGGCUUCUGCCUGCGUCCGCUGAUGCGGAAUAUAACUGCCAUAAUGACGUUCAAGCGUCAGAAUUUCAAUGGAGAGAAGCUGCCGCCGGUCAUCUAUGUGGGUCAUCCCUGGGAUGUCACUCGAACGGUGGGCAUCUCGCCCUUUGUGCCACGCCACUCUUUCCUGAAGGCCGCAUGGCCGGAUGCCUGGCUGCUGCUGCUCAAGUACAAUGUGGUGUUCAGCGUGGGCCUGGCCCUGAUCAAUGCCAUUCCCUGCUUCGGCUUCGAUGGCGCCCACAUCACCAGCACCGUGAUACACAGCUUCCUUGUGGGACGGGUGGAUCAGCAUGCGAAAAGGGACCUCAUCUCAGUGAUCAUCACCAGCGUGGGCACGCUGCUUUUCGGGCUGGCGCUGCUUAAGGUGGCCUGGCUUAGCUUUCUCCGACCGCUGCUUUAGAUAGAAGAAAGGAUGGGAGUCCAACUCCCUGCUAAGAUGCUAGACUGCUAUUUCACCUCCAAAAAGAAACACAAAAAACACAGCGAAUUGUAGCACCUCAAAGUCAAAGAUUAGUCGUUAGUCUUAACUCGUAUGUAUUUAUUUUUUCGUACCGGUUGUCAAGCUCAAAAAUAAAAUCAAAACUUAAGCUAA